UUGCUUUUCCGGUGCAUAUGGUGCGCCGUUCAAUUUUUCUCGGCUGGCGCGUAAUUUGCAUCACGGCCGGUCCGGCAGCACUGACUGCCGUUUGCUACCGUUUCACGAACCGCGACGUGUCCGUCGCCGACGUUGCCUGACGUCCUCGACGUCGCGAGAUUCGUCGCUACCUGCCGUAUUUUCUGCCGAUUUCUCAAAUCUCAAGUCUCCGGUCUCCGGCUUGACGCCAGUGGACGUCAGAAGCCGGAAGUGCACCUGUGCAGUGUGCACUGAUGUGCACGUCGGGUUGGGUUCAUCGUUGAGCGUCAGCCCGUCAGCCUCAGCGGCCUCAGCUGUCCUACUACGUCUUGCUCGUAACUCGUUGUCGGAGCGCAGGAAAAUGGCGACCGCUGUGCCGUCUCGAUUCGCCGUCCUCAGCAUCGAAGACGACGAUUACAAGCCGAAGAAGACGCAGAAGAACGCGACGACGAGCAAGAACAAUGCCAAGAGCAAGGGCGACAAGUCCAAGCCGCAACAACAGCAGCAACCACCGAACAAAAAAAAACAGAACAAAGGAAAAAAGAAGAAAACGAGUAACGAUGACCAGCAGUGGGAACAGUGGAAGCAGAAGGAUACGAUGGCUGUCGAAGAAACGUUUGAGCAAGAAUUGCAUCAAGCCAUCCUGCUGUCAAAAUUGGCAUAUGAAGAACAAUUAGUUAGUGUAGCAAAAAAUGAAAAGGAACAAGAACAGAAUAAAAAAUCUGGUAAAAAGUCGAAAAAGGCGACUAUGUCCUUGGAAGAAUUUAAUAGCAUGGGAACAAGUGCGACGGUAGUACCAAUAAAUGAGCCUACAGAUAAGUCAAGAGAAGUAGACACGGAAUUUUUUGAGAGAAUAGAGAAAGAGACGAAAGAAGAAAUAACAAAAGGGAAAGAAAAAGAUAUAUUGAAGGCCAGAUUAAAUAAAAUCGAUGAUGACAUAACAUUUGCACAGUUAAGAGUAGAAAUUGAGAAACGUGAUGAAGUAAUUGGCCAAUUGAGGGCAGAGGUACACAUGUUGAAAGAAGAAUUAACACAAGUUAAAGAGAGAAAUAAAAAACUGUAUCAAAUAUUGUCACAUGGUGAGAUGAAGGAUAAAGCAUCAGUAUUGGCUGAAGUUGCAAAACUACAAGAGAUACGAGAUGAACUAACAUCCGAGGUAGCUUCUUUACAUGCUCAACUGGAGCAAGAAAGAUCUAAAACACGUACAUCAAGUGUAGAUGUAAAAACAUCUAAACAAACUAACAAGAAGAGGCCGGCCAGUGAAAAUGCCUAAUUUGUUUUUCACGAAAAACUACCAUUGUGAUCAAUUAAUUUUAAUUAACGAUGCAUAUUGAUUAAGUAGCAAUUUGAGAAGGAACAUUAUAUUUUCAAAGAGAAACAUUUAUUUCUUAUCGCAUGUACAGCAUAUAUUGUAUUUGCUCGUUAAAAAUAAGUUUAAAAUAC